AUCGAAGUUCAUGCUCCCUUAGGCACACCAGUUGGGUAUGUUAAACAGACCUGGGAUCCUUGUUUGCCAAAAUUUGUAAUCCAGAAUGAAGCCCGAGAAGAUGUACUCAAAAUUGUUGGGCCCUGUGUAGUCUGCAGCUGUUGUUCAGAUAUUGAUUUUGAGGUGUUAUCUUUAGAUGAAAACAAUGUUGGAAAAAUUUCCAAGCAGUGGACUGGUUUUGUCAAGGAGGCUUUUACAGAUGCUGACAACUUUGGAAUCCAGUUCCCAAUGAAUCUUGAUGUAAAAAUGAAAGCUGUUAUGCUUGGAGCUUGCUUCCUUAUAGAUUUCAUGUUUUUUGAACAUUCAGGACAAAAUCGGCAACAACGUGCUGGGGUCUGGUAACAGAGUAUAAUCUUCAUUGUAGGAACUUCCAGUGAAGCAGUUUCAUCAUUUUUAUUUUCAAUGGAUGUCUCUUAUAAGAGAUUUUGAUUAAACAUUCUUUUUCUUUUGCCUUCAACAUCAUAGGGUUUCAAAUUACUUCCAAAUUAUGAAAGCUAUUUUAGAAUUAAUAGUUCAUUGAAGUGAUUAUAUUUUUAUAUUAAAAGUGAAAUCUUACUCCUGUGUCCUCAACAUUUUUUCAAAUAGCGCUAGUGUUAAAUUUUGUAUUGUAACUUGAAGUAGUAAUCAAAUUUAUAUUUUGUACAUAGUGAAUAUA